CAUGCCGCGUGUAGCUCCCACUCGCUGGCAUCAGAAACACUAGAUAUCUUCGGUUCUGAGCUGUACAGAUUCGUACAAAUACACACCAGCAUUGGCCAGACGGAGACAGCGUUCUGCCAAAACACACGUUGGGGAUAGGCAGUGAUAAAUAAGAAGGGGAGAAAGAGUCCAGCAUCUCUCGCACACACCAGACUCAAGGAUCAGCACAAUGAAGACCAGACUAGGCUGCCUGUCCAACAAAUCUGACUCCUACAGCGACUUCUCUGAGUUCUUGCCUCCUGCCCACGAAACCACUGCCAGGUGUCUGAAAGUAUCAACGGACGAGGUUGUUCGAUGGUCAGAAUCAUUUGAUAGUCUCCUCUCGCACAAAUAUGGCCUGGCUGCCUUCCGGACAUUUCUCAAGACAGAGUUCAGUGACGAGAACAUCGAGUUUUGGAUGGCCUGCGAGGAUUACAAAAAGAUCAAAAGCUCAACCAAGCUUGUGUCGAGAGCAAACAAGAUCUUUCAGGAGUUCAUUGAUAUCCAGGCACCCAGAGAGGUAAACAUCGAUUACCGCACCAGGGAAAGGACCAAGCAGAGCCUGGAGGAUCCGACCCCAACCAGCCUCAAUGAAGUCCAAGCUAAAGUCUACAGCCUCAUGGAGAAAGACUCCUACCCACGAUUCCUCAGGUCCAAGAUGUACCAAGAGAUAGUCAACAGGUCGCAAGCACAAGCCCAGCGGAGGUCUGUUUGACGGAAUAUGAUGAAGACCACAGAGAACAUAAAACUGGACCUACACUGUAAAUCACUCAUUAACCCUUUGACAUCAUCUCUGAAUACUGUGAAUCUGCAAGGAUGGGGUGAAAUGCUUGACUAUUGCCAUUGUCUGCACCAGCUCCAUGCAUGCAAUCCCUCCCCUAAAGAUGUGUCUCAGUCGAAUACACAGUCAGGUACAGGGAAUGUGAUUUGAUAAAGAUAAGCUAAUCCUUUCACCUCCACUUAGUGCUAUACUACCACAGUAAAAAAAAAUACACCAUCAUGCGAUAACGAUAUUUACCACAAUUAUUUAUCACUGUUAAAGAGCAAGCAAUGACUGAAAAGUCUUGAUCUUGAAAAAUAAUGUCCCCUAAUUGAAAAUAUUUUCAUUUAAAUAAUUUAUAUUUUCAAAAAUUGUUGUCCUCAGUUUGCCAACGAAUUCAGAAAAAUGGUCCCAUUAUUGUAAGGUCUUCUAUUUGUGGACCAUUAAGGUGAUGAUCAUCAUUUAACCAGUAUUAACUGUUUGCAAUCUUUGCUGGGGCUUGACCAAUACAUUUUUUCCCAUGAAUGUCCUUUCUUUUUCAGACACAAGAUAAAUUAAAUAGCAACCUUGCAUGAAGUGCAGCUUCUUCGGUGUAUAGAUAUCUCCAUUAUUUAGUUUGUUCCAUCAGUUUCAUAAAAAUACAAUUUGUUGUUGAAAGGACAAUGUAACCUCAAAGAAUGGACUAUAUGAAGAAUUAUUAAAAUGACUCAAGGUUCCCAUGGCACUAAACACUCAUCUCUAGAAGAAAGUCCAGAUUGUUGGGACCUAGCCUUCACUUCAAUCUGCCUCCUUACGAAUUCGUUGAAGGCUCUUGUUUAGUCCCGUCAGCAUAUUGGUCAUGUGAUUGCCGUCUUUCAAAAUACACGGGAUGUGUACAGAUUUGAGCACAUUACUUUUCAUGAGAAAACCGGAUUAACUUGUAGAAAACGCACUCAUUGUAGAAAUUGGUGCAUUUCCCAAAAACAGAAAAAAAAGAGUUUAUAUAAGGUAUAUCGAUUGAAAUAAAUAUCGUUACCAGUGUAUUACUCAGCACCACCUCCAUUUAUCUUCAGUUCUUUGUGAAAUAGACACCGUCUUAUGCAGGUGAAUAGACCUGUUGUGGUAGUUUGUGCGUUUAUGACGAACAAUGAAGUGAAUGAACACUUAAUAUCUAAAACUGUGCCAAACUAGAUUGCACCUAGAUGUCAAUAUAGCUAUAUAAUCCUGUGUAUUGUAAACUCUUGCAGGUAUUCUAUGUGACAUUAAACGUGGACUACAAUGAAAGUGGUGGGUUCAUGUUUGCUUUCAAUUCACUCCUAUCCGGGCAGUGGAAAUGUGCAAUCAUUGUUGUUAAACUUAAUCCGUGGGCGGUCAGGAUUCUGUAAUAAUUUAUUACCAUUCAUGUCUUUCAAUUAGAUUUGAUUGAAGCCAUGUCAUUGAACUAAAGUACCAUCAUUAAAUGUAAUCAGUUUCUGACUACUGAUCAACAAUGGAUUAAAAAUGACUCAUUAUUUACAUAAAGUUUGGAAGUGCUGACUAAAGUAAUUAAAAUGCAUUACUUAAAUGGAAUUAAAUGGAUUGCGUAACUUAUUUGCUAACAUGCACCACAUGAUCAGCCUUCAGUACUUCACUAAAUUGAAUAUUAAACACCUUCAACCUGCUAGUAGUGAACUGAAAGCGACAGACCACCUCCCAUAGAAUCUGUUCUGAGUUGAAAAUCGUGUUGUGCAAAUUUCCUAGAUUAUUUUUAGCAUGAUGCAAUACUCCAGAGUAACUAUUUAUAUAUUCUUUAUCUUGUACAGUAUGUUAUGAAAAUGACUGCAAAACAAAUCUCACGACAAAUGUAUUUGAAAUGUGCUCCCUCAGAAUUUGCACUUCCUUUCUAAAUAAGCUGACUAAAAAUAUUUCAGGGGAGCCAAAUUAUUUUCUUGUUUGCAUGUGUACUGUAAAGACCAAACUUUUGGAAAUCCAACAAAACUGGCUGAACGACAUAUCGCCUUAUAUGGUAUGUUACUGUGUUCCACAUGAAUGUAACCCC